CAGGAAGGAAGUAAAGUUGCAAACAACCUGCCGCGGCAGGAACUUUGUGAGCCGCUCCAGCUGCAUGUGUUCAAGGUGCCUUUGAUGUACGUGCAGCAGCUUCUGGGAACUGGACUGCAGCUUUCCCACCCGCCAGCCCUCCCUCUCCCCAACCCUUCCCAGCCUCCCCUCCCACCACCGCCACUUCAGCCCGCACACGCAAUUUGUUUGAGAAGAAAAAAAAAAAAAGUGAUGAAGGAGAAGUGGUGAAUUACCCAAGCGACUUUCCUCAAAGAGCGAGCGAGCCGGGGAGCGGAGCCGGGGCUCGCCCGGCCGCGCCGGGAGGGACCCGCCGGGAGCCGCGGGCUGCCGGGCUCGGAGCGCGGCUCCGCAGCGACAUGCAGAAAGCCUCAUCUGCUUGCCUUUGCCUUGCGAUGCCGGCUCCUCACUAGAAUGCAAACCCUUGCACAGGAUGAAAACAGGUCAUUCUUCCAGAAUGCCAGAGGAAAGUUCGCCAAAGCGGAGUCCUCAAAACAUCCCAUACAAGGAUCUGCCCCAUAUCAUCAAUGCUGAUGGGCAGCAUCUCUUCUGCAGGUAUUGGAAGCCAGCAGCACCUCCCAGGGCCCUGGUGUUCAUUGCCCAUGGCGCUGGCGAGCACUGCGGCCGCUACGAUGACUUGGCCCAGAAGCUGACAGGACUCAACUUGUUUGUGUUUGCCCAUGACCAUGUUGGCCACGGGCAGAGCGAGGGGGAUCGAAUGGUUGUCUCAGAUUUCCACGUCUUCAUCAGGGACAGCUUGCAGCACAUUGAUCUCAUGAAGAAAGAGCACCCAGAGCUGCCCAUUCUCAUCCUGGGGCACUCCAUGGGGGGAGCCAUCUCCAUUCUGACAGCUAGUGAGCGACCCAGUGAGUUCUCAGGCAUGCUGCUAAUCUCUCCUUUAGUGGUAGCCAGCCCAGAAGUCGCUACUCCCAUCAAGGUUUUUGCAGCGAAAGUGCUCAACUUUGUGCUCCCAAACCUAUCACUGGGAUCAAUAGAUCCAAAUGCAAUUUCCCGGAACAAGAAAGAGAUGGAGUCCUACACAUCUGACCCCUUGGUGUACCACGGUGGCAUGAAGGUGUCCUUUGUCAUCCAGCUGAUGAAUGCCAUUGCCAGGAUCGAGCGAGCCCUGCCCAAGCUGACCCUGCCCAUCCUGGUGCUCCACGGCUCUUCUGACAAGCUCUGUGAUAUCAGGGGCUCCUAUUUGCUGAUGGAUACAGUGCAGAGCCAGGACAAAACACUCAAGGUGUAUGAGGAAGCCUAUCAUGCCCUCCACAAAGAGCUGCCUGAGGUCUCUACCUCUGUCUUCACAGAAAUACUGACAUGGAUUGGCCAGAAGGUCUCAGCAGCUGGGGAAACCAGCCAUACUUAAGAGCAGUUGCAUUUGCAGCUCUUACUGGGGUUUUCUGGGAAUAGAUGCUUUUACUAGAAAUCUCUUGGGAAAAGAUCUAACAUGGAGGGAUUCUUGGAAUAUUUUACCACACACAGCAUAAGGGAGGGCGGGGGGAGAGGCACAGGGUGGGGCAUUAUUUGCUGAUGUAAAUGGCCACUGCCCUAAUAUGAAGAAUUGAUAGCUGUGGGAUGCCCCUCACCCACCAAACUUUCUCCACAGCUUCCCCUUCUCUGCUUUCACUGUGGUGACCGGGGUGUGUUUAUACUGCAAUAACUAUUGGUAUGUAGAAGAAAUCAGUAUCUUCCACUUCAUGGUUUUGAUGCCAGGUGCAUCCCUUGUCCCCACCACCCAGUACCUUAAAAACCCUGGUCCUUGAGAGGAGAGCACUAACAAAGGUGCUGGGUGAUGAGGAGAGGCUAAAGGUGGAGUUGACAGCUCCCUGAAGGUGAAAGGCUGAUUUUCAAGAUCAGACCCCUUUGGAUAGUACUUUUGUAAGCAGACCAGGCCAGGGGAGAGCACAGAGAUGCCUCCCCCACCACCCUGCACAUCCUCUGCGAGUUUGCACUCGGGGAAAGCAUGUUGAACAGUGCUUUGAUUUUCAUCAUCUGAGCAGGAUCCCAGAGGGGAGAGAAGGAAUGUGGAAUCAAACCCACUUAGCACAUUCAAUUUCCAUGCUUUUCCCCAUGUCAAACCCUAUCUCCUCUGCAAGAUGAACUAUUCUGUAAAUAUUCCUAGGGACAGGGUUUUUUCCUUCCUUUGUUCCUUUUGUUUUGUUUUGUUUUUUAAUCUCCUUAUUUUUUCUUUUGGAAUUAAUCACUUGUGCUACUGAAACUGAAAAAGCAAAGUCGAAGUUAUAAGAGAAUAUAGUAAUAUAAUAUAUUAUAUAUAUAUAGAGGUGGCUGGAAGCUGGGAAAGAAAUGGGAGAAGAGUAAAGAAGGAGUUAAUCAUUCCUUCUCUUGGCAAGGAACAGUGUUGUCCUACCAGGAUCCGGUCCUCUCACCAUAACUUUACAGUCAUAAUCUGUUGUUUUCCUUCAUCAGUUGGAAAAUGUCCUGAAAAUAAUGCUAGAGAGAAGUGCAGAGCAUCUGGUGGGUGGGGAGUAGCAGUGGGUGUCCUCAUGGUCCACUGGUUUAGCAGGAGACCCACAGUGUGAGCAGAGAUCCUGUCCAAGCUCAUGCCAGUCUCCUCCUCACCAGCCCUGGGGCUGAAGGCAGAGUGUAGAUGUGACCAUCCAUCCAGCCUCUCCCUUGCUGUGCUGGGCAUCCCCAGACCCUGCUGUACAAGGGCUGUGGAGGAGCCUGUGGUGCAGCUAAGCCAAAUUCUAGAGCUGCCUGAGUCUCUGCUAGCAGCAGGGUGAGAGGAAAGAGUUUAGACCCUGGAUGAGAGCAGAGACAUUAUACUGACACAGUAAAAGCUGCAUAGUGAUGACAGUGGCUGUGUGGGCCAGUUUACCCAGCGUGAUGGCCCUCAGCAGGAGGCACUAUCCAAAGGGAAGGGGUUUAACCUGCACCUCUCCCUCUGGUCUUGCAAGAAGAGAAUGCAAAUGUUGCACUAUGAGAGAUGGGGCAUCUCCCCCAGUGACAAACCAGCCCUCACUGCCUUCCCUGGCAGCAGCAAGAAGCACAGCUGUGUCCUGAGCUGCUGCCCCCAGGGCUGGGUCCCUGCUCUGGCAGCCAGGGCUGUCACCCACCUCUCCUCCCUUUGGAAGCAGCUCUAGCAAGGUUCAGGAAAGGGACCUCAGUGCAAUAACAGAACCAGGGCUCAGUCCCAUUCAGUCCCAGCUGCAUGGAUGAAUGAAAGAUGUGCGGAUGCAGGUUGUGUCCUUGUAGUUGCCUUAAGGGGCCCGAGUCAGGGAAGCUCUUUUAUACAGGUUGAUCCAGGCACUUUGGCAUUUGUAUUUUCUUGCCUCUAAAGAGAGGAAUGAGCUCUAGCUCUCCCAGCAAUGCCAGCUUUUUAUUGAAAUAUUAUUCCAGUGCAAUUGGCUGUUCUCAGCAGCCCCCGCUGAACCUCUGGUGACACUCUGGGAAGGAGCAAUGAGCAGGUCACCUGCUUUCCAUCUUCCAGCAGCCUGUCUUCAGGAAACUUCUGCUGCCUGAGCAAGCUCCCUCCUGGCCAGAUGCUGCUAGAGAAAGACAGCAAGAAGAGAAACAUUACAGCAGUGAUAAAUCUCACCUGCUUCUUCAGCUGGAAGGGGAAACAAGUGGGUGUGAUCCAGAGGUGACAGACGUUGCGGGGGUAGUAGCAAGAUGAUGAUUUAAGGAUAGGAUUUUUGAAAGCACUUUUCUUGAGGAAGUCAGGAGGAGUAAAUCAAUGCCCACAUUCUUUACAUCCUUUCCAAAGUGACAAGCACUUUGCAGGAGGGGAGAGGGAAGUGACCCUUCAGCAGAAAGGUCAGAGCCCGUUCGCUCCCUCCAACCUGGCUCCAGGCAGAGGAAAGUCCGUUGUCAGUGCCUUUGCUAAAAUGUGUCCUUUCACCCAAGGAACAUCUGCAGCCGAACAGAACUAAAGGGAAACAAAUUACAUUGAUCUGGGGAAGACUUGUCCUUCUGUCUAUAGCUAAGCUCAGCAGUGGCACAUGGCCUGGGGGAGGCUGUGUUUGAAAAAAAAAAGGUUAAUAAACAAAACCUACAACGAACAACUACAAAAAAAAGAAAAAGCCAAAUGACCCCAAAGCCAUGGCACAGCAGCAGGUAUUGCCACCCUCAGCCAGUUUUGUGAAGAGUUACCUUCUGAGGCAAUUAAACCUGUCCAAAAGAAGCUGGGCUCUGCCUGUGCUGACCCCACAGACCCUGGGCUGGCUGCUGAGCAGGUGGGGAAAUGAGUGCAGAGGGAAGGAGCCAGGAACAAACCAGCCUGGGCCAGGUGAGACGCUGAUCUGCACAUUUCAGCUCUGCUGUUGCUGAUCCCUUUCCCUGCCUGCAAGCUCCUUUAUCCUGACCCAGUUGGGUUUCACCAAGCCCCGGAGGAAUUCCUCCUUGGCUGAGCAGAUUAGCAAUGAGCAGAGCAGCUGCUGAGGGAAAUGUAAUUACACCCUAUUUCCAACUGGCAGGUACCACUUGCAGGGAGCACAGCCAGCCUUAGGAAUGUUGCUGUGCAGAGCCACACCAGUCUGCUCUGCCGUGGAGAACAGGUGGCACUCGUGUCUGAGCAAUAGCAACGUGUAACUACUGUAUAUAUCACCACCUGUAGCACUGAGAGGCCAUUUCCCACUGCCUAACCCAUCAUGUUUUCUAUUUAGCCUGUCCUUUUUAUACCACUCACCUUAGCACACUGCCAGCACAAGCCCAUUGGGAUCAUGUUUCCUUUUACAAGUUAUUCCUGGGGUUGUCUCUCUUGUUCUGUUGUGUUCCAGUUCAAUAAAAUACAUUAUAUAUAUAUAUACAUAUAUAAAAACAUAUAUACAUACACAUGUAUUUUCAGUGGAAAAAUCAUAUACAAGUUUAGGAUUCUUAAAGGAAUACAAUGUAUAUUGCAACUAAUAAUAAAGUUAUGUUUUCUGAA